AUGGUCUUCCGGCAGAAGGCGUCUCCAAGGGUUCGCUGCCUGGCUGUGCAGCCCUUGGUGACGGAGAUGUCUGAGGCCUUCAGGCGAUGCGUCCAUGAGUAUCAUCCGGAGGAACCCAGCAAUGAGGACUUUGAUGAGGGGCCGCCGGCGACAGGCUUCAGGAACCUGACCGAGUGCAUCAGGCCGUAUCAUCCGAAUCCAGAAUGGCAGAUCUUUCCUGGCGAAGUGGGAAGCUUCGAGCGGGACCAGAAGAUCUGCUCCAUGUACACGCUGGCCACGGGUCUUUUCAGAGAUAUCAACAAAUGCAUCCGGGACGACAACGAAGACGGUCUUCGGCGGCUAGCCCCAAUGAUUUGGGAGAUCCGCGAGGUGCUACGGUUCGAGACCGCAAAGAUUUGCAAGCCCGACGGGCGCAAGUGCAAACCUUUCACGGGGAAGUGCUUGCGUGGCCUGGAGGUUCCGGAAGAGGAGGUCGAAAAGUUGGCGUCUCUGUACAAGGAGGGUACGGAGUUCGUCUGGCCAGCCUUUACAUCCUGCCAGUUAGAGGAUGGAGGCUUGUGGCCCUUCGACGGCAACUUGAACUUUGAAAUUGAGUGCAACAUCGACCCGAGCAAGCAGACAGGUGAAGUCUUGGCCCCGGUGAGCAUCAAGCGCUUCAUUGGCGGGUCCAACGAAGUGCUGUUCCCUCCGCAAACAAAGUUUCGUGUCAAGGAGGAGAAGGAUGUGCAACGUGUCACCGAGAACGAUGAGACCCGCGAUGUCCACACGCGUGUGCUGGAGGUUGUGGAAUUGCCCGUGCCAGCAGCUGGCGACAGGAAGCGCUGA